AUUUAAUAGUCAAAGUGUCAAACACUCAAAACUCAAAACAAAAAGCCCAGGUUGUCUCAAACACCAAAACUCUUUUAGCUCUUUCUCUCAAUGGAAGCCAUGAAACCGUUAAUGAAGCUUUGUAUCGCAAAACUAAAGCAAGGGACGCUGCUAUGGCUCGAAGGUUUCAAAGAAGCAUGUUAUCUUCAUCGCGUCGUCAUUCUCUGCCUCAGGUCGAGAAAGCUUUUGAUCAGAACAGGGCAAUGUUUUCUACUGAAUGGUUUUAUUUUCUUAGGAAGCAUGAUCGUCCUAAAUUCUGUGGUCAUCCCAAUGCUCUUCUGGAUAUUACCUGAUCAGUGCUCACAGAUUAGUACUCAAGUACCAUGUUCUUUUGGCGGCAUUUUAAAAUUGUAUUCUGUCUUGCGGCUUGGACUGAUACAACUCUUUUAUGUCUUUUGGUUCUACCCAUUAUACAUGUUCAGCUUAAUUCUAAGCAGUCUCUGGUACAAUGACAUUGCCAAGUUUGGUUUUGCCGCAAUGGGGAGAUCUGGGUCCUCUGUAGUGGAACCGUCAAGCCCAAGCGAGACAUUGACUGCACAAAGUACAGCUCAUACGGAAAGACUAGCUGGCCUGGGCGGUGUCAUGGUUGGGAUAGGAGAGCAGGUGUUUUCAGUUAUUCUUUUGAGUUUUUUCUUCCUGGAGGUUUUUGCCACAGGAUUUAUACCUUAUGUAGGGAAAGCGAUCAAUUUCCUACUCCUGUCCUGGAUGUAUGCCUACUACUGUUUUGAAUACAAAUGGAAUUUUUCUGAAGUGGCUUUGGACAAAAGACUGGACUACUUUGAAUCCAACUGGGCAUUUUUUGCGGGUUUUGGAAGCCCCUGUGUUCUGGCUAUUUUCUUCGUCUCACCUCUUGUGAGCUAUGGGGUUAUGGCUGUACUCUUUCCGCUGUUUGUUCUGGCUGCAACUUGCUCAGGCGCUGAGCAGGAUAUUUCUUUUCCAAGAAGAAAAUGGAGAGGUGUUGGAUUGGGAAGGCUUCCAAUAUUUUACGCAGCUGACAGUUUGUCGCUGCGGGUGUUGUCUCUCUUGCCUUUGAAACCCCAAGACAAAACUCAAGAAAUUAAGGCACAUUAAGAAGUUCUGGCCUAAUGCUAAGACAAUUUAUGAACA